AUGAAAAAGUACUUUCUCAACAAAAUGUCCACCGGCAAGCGUCUGGCGAAGCGCUCGAUCGUGGGUACGCGCGUCUGUGCGCCCGGGACCGACGGUAUCUGGUACUCGGGCAAGAUAGAGUUCGUCAAAACGGCCACGGACCAGCAGAAGGAGGCGCCGGCCCGUACCGGUACAGGUAGCAGCAACGGUGGCAACUUCCUGCCCGGGUUGACUACGCCCGCCCGCUAUACCGUGCUGUUCGAUAACAUGAAGGACGGGGCACGGCUCGGAUUGGUUCGAGAGUUCCGUGAAACCGAGCUGAUCGGGCGCGGCUUUCGGACGAUCGCCGAUGUGAAGCUGAAACCGGGCCAGAAGGUAUUCCUCACGUACAACGGGCGUGAGAAUGCUGGCGAGGUGAUCGCACACGACGAUCUGAAGGACGAAGUGAAGGUGCGCAUUGCCGGUGCGACGAACGGUGCUGCUCAAGAGGCUCCGAUCGAGCUGACCAAGCGCUUGGAAGAGAUUCGAUUACUGGAAUCGCGCCGCUCACAGCGACUGGCCGUCCAGGAGAAAGAUACGGACUUUGCCCGGCUGGCGGAUAUGGCCGGUGAUCGUCGACGACAAUCAAACAGCAUCGAUGUGCCAUUCUCACUGACGCAACAGAACGGAUCUCGCAAACGACGGCCCUCGUACACGCAGGACGAUCGAGAGUACUACAUUAUUAACGACGACGAUCCGAUGGACGAAUGUAACGCCGCGCUGGUACUUAUGAGCCUGUCCUGCUCGCCGAACUCAUCCGUGCACGGUUACGAAACCAUUCUUGGCACCAGUUCGGGCAGCAGCACCACCAGCUGGAGUACCGGAUCGACUUCACCGCCGCUGAGCGAGGAUGGACAUUCCACACCACCGACGCACCAUUACCAGCACGAGCUGAAUCAUCACCAUCAUCAUCACAAUGGCCGGCAUCAGGCAGCGGGCGGUCCGGGACGGGGGGCACGCACCACAUCCCUGUCCACGUCCGAUGAAGGCAUCGGCAUGGAGGACAUGCCAAGGAAGCGUCGGGUCAGUCAGCGAAUUUUCAAAUGCACCUGGAAAGGUUGUGGCGUCAUUUAUACUACAUGUCCCGAAAUCACACAACACAUUAGGAACGCACAUCUUGGCCCUCGUAAGCCGAACGAAUACAGCGACGAGGAGGAUUUCUUCUUCACCGAAACCGAAGAUGAGAGCGACGAGAGCGCGCCGAAUCCACCCUCGCCACCGACGCUGAGCCAUCGCGACAUGGCACGUCCGCCGCACGAGGAUCCCGAAUAUCAGCGCCAGAUCGUUGGCACCUACCGGCAGGGAUUGCUCUCGCAAUCGCAGGCCCUCCAGCAGCAGCAGCAGCAACAGGCUGCCCAGCAGCAGCAGCAACAGCAUCAAGCCCAACAGCAGAUCGCCUCGAUCAAGCCACCGUUGCCGGCCGGCUUAACUGUGGCGGCACUGAGCGGCAGCAACGGCACAUCGUCCAGCAAUGGUGCCGGCGCAAAUGGUAACAGCAGCAACAGCAAUGGCAGCAGCACCGGCAGUAGUAACGGUGCGGUCAAUCCACACAGCAGCGUAUCACCGCUGAUCCAUCAUAACUACACUUGGUCCCAGGUGAGCCCGACGUCACCGCAGAAGCACGUGCGACUAUCCCCCCGUCCGUCGGCAUCUUAUCCUUAUCCGUCGCCGAACUACCAGCAUCACUACCAGGCGCAGGCCGCCCAGCAGCAGCAACAGCACCAUCAGCAGCAGCUCGGUCACAUCCAGCUGUCACCGGGUGGUGCGAGCAGUGGUGCCAACAACGGUACCGCCGCCUACCAUCAGCUGUUGGCCGGUGCGGCCGGUGCAUCCGGUGCAAUCGCACUCGGCUCGUACAGUACCAGUCCGAGCUCGAGCGGUGGCGGCAGCAGUGUCGGCAGUGCCGGCAGCGGUCAGCACCGGUCACCGGUGUCACCGAACCGAAGGACGCGCGGUGAGAACAAGAAAUGCCGCAAGGUGUACGGUAUGGACCACAAGGAUCAAUGGUGCACCCAGUGCAAGUGGAAGAAGGCUUGCAGCCGGUUCGGCGACUGAUCCAAGCCGUCCGCCGGCAACCGCAAAGCAACAGCAGCAGCAACACCACCGAACAGUAGCAGCAGCGCCAAGUUGCCACCACCGGCAGUCGGACCGGGUGGGGUACCACCGGGAGUCGCCGCCCCGUCUACUUCACCAUCGUCCUCACAGUCGCUGUGGAUAUCGUCGUCGUCGUCGUCCUCUUCUUCCUCGUCCUCGUCCUCAUCAGCGUCGUCCUGCUCAUCGUCGUCUACGGUGGCGAUGGUCAAACAGGUGAUCCAGUUGCAACCGCAACCCCUUCAACUGCAGCCGACUGCUUCAACGUCGCUGCUCCUACACAACCAGCACAGCCAGCAGCAACAGCAGCAGCAACCGCACCGUUUCAGUGUGCAGUACGCACAACCACAGCAACCACGUCCACGCAUGAUGGUUUGAUGUGACAGCCGCCACACGUGAGAAUGGUGCCGCCGACUGCAACGCGCACCCAUCGAAUGCCGGGAAUUGGUGACAGGUGACCUAAGGAUAUUCGUACGUCAAACGAACUCUCCGCGCCACAUCGCCCGAUGACGUAGCAAACUGCCCGCCAACUUACAAGUCUGCGAUCAAAUCAUAGCGGUUGUGCCAUCUGCAACCUGCAGCUCAUCGACGAUGGAAAAGAAAACCGUAAGUAACCGAUAGACAGAAGACAACCUCCCUCCCUCCCCCCCAAAAAUAUGUAAGACUAAGAAUGCGAACCUAGGCUGCAAAAACCGGAAAAUGCGAACGGUAAAUCAAUCGCAGCGCGCAUACAUAAUGCAAAAGAAAAGCAACCACAAUUACUAGGAAAAAAAAAGAGCAAAAGAUCUUAAGAAACAAACAAAAAAAACGAAAUACGAAAACCACAAGACAUCAAAGGCUGAUUUAGUUUUAACAUGCGGAUUAAACCAGAAGAAAACUACACAACAAAAAAAACACUCACUCACAAUCUUAAGCCGAACGAUUGGGUGAUAGCUAACUGGCAGAAUACGAUCGUAGCACUGAAGAUAUUGACAUAAAAAAGUGAAAAGUGGGAAAUCUAAAGCAACACAUUCUCACGGUGGCAUGAAGCCACAGUAGAUCGACAUCAUCGCAUCCACGGAUUGAAAAACCACGGUUGGAGACGUUUUUUGGAGCCGGAUAGUGAAAGCCUGUACAAUCUUUAUAUGGCAUGGUAGCAAAUGUUUUACGUUUCGCCCAACCAACCACUGUUCCGCUUUCCCACGAAACCAUCCUUUCAGCGGCUGAACUGAAACAAUCUUUACGACAACACGAUAUCUAAAUACCGUCCGUUACAAAAACAAAAAAAAAACCAAAACGCAAACCUCCAUCUGAAGGUCCAACGCACCAUCAGAAGCGGCGAGGGAGCGUCGGUGAAAGGAUUGGUUGGUCGCGGAUGUAUGGAUGGGUGAAGUGAAGGUUUGAAUGUAAAAACCCCGUAAGCAUGUUACCGAUGGCACUCAGUUGACAGCAGCUUCCUACCAGUGACCAGGCGUCUCCAUCGUGGUUCAUUCCGGUUUUGCCGAUCGGUUCGAAUGAUCUCGACCCACGUACACGUUAAGCCGAAGCCGAGCGCUUAAGGGUUGGGUUUAAACGGGGGUGAAACAUAUUACAAAGAUACCACAUUAAAGAUCUGUACCGAGUGAGGAGAUAAAAAAAUGCGAGAAAAAAAACAAAACAAAUGAGGAGCAAAAAAUUAAAACCACUGCCAAUAAGUUAAAUAAAAUGUCGACCGAAAGAGAGAGAGAGAGAAAAAAUGUCAAAAUGAAGAAAAAAGGAGAGAGGGAAAAACAAAAAAUUACCGUCACCGUUCAGACCGGAAAUGUGAAACAUGAAGAUGUGAAGUACUGGAUGUGAGUGCAUAGAUACGAUUUAAGAAGAAACGAAAAGCCGAUAAAGCGAGAUAGUGCAAAAUGGUGGAAAAAGCAUUGAAAGGAUAUGGUACGAGCGAGAAGAACGGGAUAAACAGCCGACUAAACAGGUAGCAUGAAUAAUGUAAGCAAAAGCGCAUAAAUAAGCGAUACACGAUAAAAGUAAAAAGAAAAAAAACAAACAACCCGCAACUAAACACAAGUAAACCGUAUAAACGUAAUUCGUAAACGUAAGUUCUAUUGCAAGCGAAAAUGCAAAUUCUGUCUAUGUGUAAUAGGAGGAUAAGUACCAGCAUCAAUGAUGCGCACUGCACUGUAAUCGAAGCAUCCAAGCGCAUGGGACAAAACAAAUGGCAUUAAGAUGAAUGUAAAUGUGUGCUCGAAAAACGAAACGGUACCCAGAUCAGAUGUGGAGACGAUCAAGCCGAGACAUCCCGAGGUUACAGGUUCUGGAAUGUGCGAAAGCUCUACACUACUGAAACCAGCUACAACUCCUAUUUACCAAUUUUACCAUUUAGUACUAAAAACUACUAAAAAACAUAAAUCCUAUCGUCCACAUACACAUGCGUACGUACCGUAGGUUAAGCGCGUCAUGGAAAGGAGUGUGAGACCGGCAAACUUUUCUUUACACACAUUGUUUCUGCCCGAUUCGAUCGAAUGCCGAAUUACCAUACCGUGCAGGUGUGUGCGAAAUUCUCCUUCCUGUUUGGUGAUAUAAGACAUUUGUCUUUUUUUCUAUUUAGAACACUAAUGUGUGGCAUCCAUAGUUGGCCCAGAGCGCGCUGGAAAAGGAUCGUAUAGUACUCGUUUUUUUUUAAAUUAAUUUUUUGCGGGAUCGUUGCAAUUCGUCGUUACCUGUCGAAAAGAAAGGGGGGAAAUAAAGCAAACAAUGAGAGAAAAAAGAUUUUUCAAAACCGCACAUUCGGUUUGUGUUUAUCGGAUCGUUUUUGAAACGAUACGCUUGAAAUGUGAUAACCCGCGCCGUUCCGGCAUCUGGGGAAAUGAGGGAAAACUGUUUUAUUGUUUCGUUUUGCAUCAUUACCCUUGUUGCAAGUAUUUAUUAAGACUCGAUCGCACAUGCGAUCGUGCGUGCCCUAACCUUUUUUGGACGCAGGACGUAUUCGUUUUCUUUGCCAUUCUCUCGCAGGCACACAUCAAAAAUUGGCGCCAUGCGCAAAAUGUGCCGUAGGAAAAAAAAUGUGCAGAAUUUUUCAACUGACCGGUUUUGGGCCAACAACUAGUGGGAACUGUUUCGCAAUUGUUGCUUCACUGCAUUCAUGCGUUGGUGUUUGAGUUUUGUGAAACGCUGGCAAGUGUGUUUGUGUGUUCGUUACAUCACUGAUGGUGGACACUGGUUAUAAUGGAUCACAUGUUACAACUUCUCAGAAACAGCUCACUUGAUUUUUGUACUAUUGUACACACUAGUUUGCUUCGUAACUGUGUGAUGGAAUAUCGACAACAGCAAAAUAUAAGCAAAGUAUUGGCGAACGGGAUGCAACGUUACACAGUGGCACAAGGUAAAAGAUACGCAAUUUUGCAACCGAUGAUCUCUGUAAAACUGUUCAUACAUAUAUUUUUUUUGUUUUUCUCCAUACAUAUACAUGUAUAUUUAUAAAUAAAUAUUUUUAUUCGUAUCAUUGUUUACGUGUUACGCAUGUUCGCAUCAGUCCGUUUAGUCUGUUCGUCCUAUCGUCUGUUUGAUUGUAGCGACAAUCGCCACCAUCGAACAAUGCGUUGUGAGUGAGUGUGUGAUCCAGGGGAUUGUUUUAUGCUUAUUGUUGAGGCACUUGCAAAUUAAUUUUGUACAUCCAUGCUUUGAAAACUCGUGUACAGGGAGCGUCCAGUACGGUGUGUACAGUGUAAAGCGAAAGAGAGCAGCGAAAGGACAGCGGAAGCGUCCGUUUUGCGUUGCAGUUAUUUAAACCCCAAACACCAAUGAACGAACGUUCCGAAAUGCCCGUGUGUCACCCGAAAGAAAGGGUUUGCCCCGGGCAAUAGGUGUGAAACCUAUACGCGUACAAUUUACUAUCAAAAAAACCAAUUUAUCGCAAGCAAAGAAAAGCAAUUCGUGAGCAUAAGAAGGAACUGAAAAGCUCAUCUGUGCGCCAGGGGAUGCUGGUGACGCAGGGGGAAAGGGGGAAGAGGGGUGAGCUUAGAUAAAAUUAAGUGAAAUUAAGCAACAACAAAAAAACACUGUGUACGGGAAAGUGUGCGCAAAAUCAGUAUGAAAUGCAUCCCGACUCGCGCACACGCAUUCAAUAUUCUGCAAUAAGGCCACCGCGCCACAAACCCCCAACCCCUCGUGUUGCAUCUGCUUGAAAAGGGGUAACCCACAACUAGUGUACCACCCUCUAUCAUCAUCCCCAACAAAAAGAAAACUAAUGUCAUCGCACUCGUACUAAUUGUUAAUGACAAUCGUGAGCAAACUGAUAAGCAAAUGCAUUCGAUCGGGGAAAGGGCAAGGAAGAAAAAACAAAAAAAAAAGAAUUGGAAUCUUUCGCUAUUAAUGUGCACACACACACACAUACAUUCAAUCGUCACCUCAGUUAUCGUUUUGAAUAUGUGUGUGUUUGAUUGUUUUGGUUUAUCUUUGCCCUACAAAAAGGUUUCGAUCAAUUCCAUCGCAAGGAUCGCAGUAUGUUUACAGUCAUGAGUCCUUGUUGUGUUGAAAAACCCUGCAAAAUGUUUUAAGCACAAAUCCACGGAACAUAAUGGAAUCGAACGGGUAUCCAUAGGGAGAGAGAGAGAGAGAGAAAGUGUGGGAAACUAUGCGCAGAGAGAAAGAGAGAUAGAAAAUGAAAAGAAACACGCGGUAUAUAAUGGAAUGUGUAUUGAAAAGACUAAAAUUUUUGCCUAUUUACAUGUACAAACAAAUGGUUUAGUAAUAGUAAUGGUAAUAAACAAUGGUGACAGCCAGCCAGUGAAGGCAGCAAAUGUGUGGCUAAUGAUGAAGGGAGGGUGGGCUGAAACAAAGAUCGCAGCAUAUUCGCUAAACUUAACAAAAACAAAACAAACAAACAUACAACCAAAACAUUACUACUUCUACUUUCAAUCACCUACCGCUUUUUGUACGAUACGAUAAUGAUGAGAGCAUGAGCUAAAGGAAAAAGGCAGAUAACGAUCGUACCAGGUUCCACGUUUCACACAUGAGCCGAUAAUAUAACACACACACCCCUAUCAAAACUAUAUUAUUCGGAAGGCUAAAGCAAGGCAAUUGCAUGUAUUGAUGUUCACACUAAAUGAGGGAAAGGAUGAUGGCGCGUAUGUUACGAGUGUUUAGUGGUGGCGCGUGUAUUCGAUCGUGUAAAACGUUUGUUCGGUGUGUAGUAGUCGACCGUUUUAGGUGUAACUUUUCCUCUCCCGUUUUUUCGUGGUUGUUAGCAUGAGACAGAUCAGCUGGAGGUAUAGAAGCAAGCAAUGGAAGUAAGGUCACCAUACCAUAACCUAAUACCGUGGAUAGCUUAAUCGGGUCUUUGAGUAUAAAACAAAAAUAAGCCUGACAAAAAAAAUGAGCAGGGUAGGAGCAUAAUAAAACUAUUAUAAAUUAUCUCACCAGCACCUCCCAUCUUAACACGUACAUGCACCUCCGCCCACGGUAAUCGCAUUAAACCAUUUUUACACACUACCGAGAGAGAUGAUAAUGGCGUGAUGAAAUGAACAAUAAAAAAAAAAACACACACUCACACAAAUCCAAGAAUGAACAUAACGAGAGCAGAUGGAGACGCAUACGGUUGCAGUUGUGAUGGAAGACAGGCGACAGGGACAGUACAGAGAGUGUGAUCGCGAUCAACUAUAAACAAUAGAGAGCAGGAUGCAAAAAAUAAACGUAACACCGGCAUAUCCAUAGCGACGGAGGGAUGAAGAAAGAAGAAGUAGAUACAAAAGAAGGGGGGGAAAGAAAAAUGUAACAUACAAAAAAAAACACACACAAAACACAAUAUGGCGCAUUAUUACUGGGGUUACCGUAUUUUAUUAUUUUAAUACUAUGUUCUUGUUUUUUAAGCUUGCUAAGCAAACGAUAGCAAUCGUGCAUUAUAUGAUACAGAGCAAACAAAACAAAACACGAAAAAUGAAACCACAACACACAACACACUAACAGCAGUAAACAGUAAGCAUCAAUGUGACAAUGUUGUACAGCAGUAGCGGCAAAUGAGAAUGCGAUAAAGCAUGUAAGAGAUAAGGUAUCGGAACGAAUCCCUAAGAUGUAAUGAAGAAAAUGAGCAUAAAAUAUAAGGAAAAAAACAAUACGAGAGAAAGAGAGAGAAAAAUAAGUAAGAGAAGAAGAAAAAAACAGUUAAAAGGAUAAGAAAAUAUAAAGAAAAAAAAUGAAAGGAGAAAAGAGAAGAAAGAAAAUUGUAGAGACAACAGAUGAUUCACCCACCUUUUUGCGAUUAAGUUAUUGCGUUACGUUAGUGAUCUGUGUAGGUGUUAGGUUUAAAAAACAAAACUCUUUUCAACCGCAAAACCAUUUGCAAAACGGUUUGUUUUGUUUUGUACAUUUUUUGGUUUGACGUACAUGUUCCAAACCUGUUAAAUGAAUAAGUUGAAGUUUUCAAAAAUGGAUAAGCAAAACAAAAAAAAAAACAAAACGCAAAAAAUAUUACUAAACUUACUAACAUAAACAAAACUUACAAAAUGCAGACAUAUACACAAAACAAAACAAAACAAACAAGCAAAAAAACACUGAAACGCUUUUCAUCACCACCUUUUACUGUAGUACUGUAAGCUUUAAGAGUUCUUUAAUUUUUAUUUGUUUCCCUUUUUUGUUGUUGCGUGGUUUUUAAACUCUACUCAGAAUACGUAUUUUAUAGCAUCGUUAAAUUAAAUUCUCAUUCAUUUAUAUGUAUAUGUAUGUAAAAAAAAACAAACAAAGCUACACAGUGUCUUUCCUUCAGAAUGCGAAACAAAACAAACAAGAAAAAAAAGGACGUGAUUUGUGCUUUUGCUGUGCACUGUUAAUUUACUCAAACACUCACACAUAAACAAACACACACACACACAAAAUACAAACGAUCGGUGCAUUGAUUUGCAUCCAUCCAAUACAUAUUAGUAGCGUUUCGCGACAUGCGUGAUAAAUGUGUGUUCUAUUUUUGUCUGUUAUAAAAGCGUCUCGUAGUUUUGCGUGCGAUCGUUUGUUUGUGCUAGGAUAAGAAUUGAUAGGGCGGAAUGAAAAGGGAAAACGAAAAGGAAAGCUAAAAAGGAUUACAAAAAAAAUCCCCACCCGAACCCCCAUUCCCGUGUCCUCGUCCUCGUCGUCUCUUUCCUUCCAGCAGUAGUAGUGGGAGAAGGAAACAAAAAUUGCAACAACACCACACCCAAAACAAAACGCAAAAUCACAAAAAACGAAACCUAAAUGCCAAGGCCAAUUAUGUAACAAUGAUGGUAUCUCUGAUAAAGUUACGUUAGCCCGAUAAGACCGUUAGCGCACGUAUUUGCAUAAGCUACAUCCAUAAGCUUCUUCUACUGUUCGCUUUCUUACUGCCGAUCGUAACACGUUUUUAUUCUUCCUGACCUUCAUUAUUCUGUUGUUUAAUUUAAAUGAUUCCUUUUCUUUUCUUUUGUCACUUGUUUUUGUUUUUUUUUUAUUACAUUUCAUUAGUUUUUCUUAACACCUUUACUGAGUAUUGUUAUUUAUAUGAUUAUGUUUUGUUUUCUUCUCUUUAUGCUGUCUUACAUCUUUGUAUGUUCGCGAAAAAAAAACACACUCUAAAUCUAGCUCAAUUAAGAUUCGGUUACUUUAGCCAUAGUGUAAAAGCAACGCCCCGUACAUCGUAGUGAUAACUUGCGGCUAACAAAACAAAACAAACAAACAAAAAACUAACCACUACAACGACUGUCUGUUGUUGGGUGGUGAGUAAAGAAAAAAAAAUGAACGAAAAAAAACCCCACUCUAUUUAUCUGCCAUUUAUACCUAAGAUUACAUUAGUUUUUAUGUUAGUUUUUUCUCUUGUUUUUUUUUUUAUCCUUACCUCGGCUCAUAUUGUUUCAUAUCUUCUGAUUGCUUUUUUUUUUAAUUGAACACCAUAAGAAUAGGUAAUCCUUACCGCUAGUGCCAUCGUUCAGGCAUUAGUGUUAACUGUUUUGGUGCAAUGUUUUUUCUUUGUUUUCUCUUCAUUCUGUUCCUUUCCCUGCUUUACAUGCAAAACCCCCGUUGUAAGUUUAAGAUCGUUCGAUCGUUGCUUUUCUUUUAACGUGUAACAUCCGCAUUAAGCGCAUAAAGUGAAACGAAUGUACCAUUUUAUAUGAUAUAUUUUUAGUUGUAAAUGAAGCUCCCUGAACCAAUUAUAGUGAAUGAAAAACAGUUUUACUUUCUCUUCCUUUUCCUUUCCUUUUCUCUCUUCGCGUCUUUUAAGUUAGUUGAGUUAAAGUAAGCAAAAAACCAUGGAAUGAAAUUAUAUCAGCUACGGGCUAGAGAUACUGCGUACCGAGACGUUUUAAGUUAGUUCAAUUUUACCCUUCAAUCUAUGCGCCCGUUGGUGAUGGUUGAGAUUAACAUUAAUUAAAAUAAAACACCCACAAACUCACACACAAACACACACCUACAUAUAUGCAACACUCAAGCAUACAUACAAAACAAAGCAUUAGUUAUUAAUUUAGUUAAAUAUACUAGCAUUACGUUUCAUUAUACCUUCCGUGGUUGUUUUUUUUUUGUUUGUUUGUCUCGUUAUAAACAUUUAUUUAUUUAUUACCCAAAACAAACACACACAAACACACACCAUACUUUUGCCGCAAGGACCUAAGAUGUAGUGGGAUAGAAAUAGGGAAUGGGAAUGGAAGUAAGCCAGAGAAGAGAUAUAUUUUUACUUUAAGACCAAUGACAAAACACAACCGCAAAAUGGAUAAUGGAAGUGAAUGAUGCAGCAUAAUCAACUUACCAGUACACCUUCCGAGAUCUAUAUAUAUAUAU